AUGCCUCUAAAGCUUACUACUGUUAUCCUUGUGUGUGUUGGUAGUUUGUUCUUGUGUGCGAGCGCUCAAAGCCUAUCACGAGACUACGGGGUGAAACUGUGCGGCAGAGAGUUUAUAAGAGCCGUUAUCUUCACGUGCGGCGGGUCCCGUUGGAAACGAUCCUUAGAUGAAGACUUGGAUCCCUUCCAGCCUGGUUCCUACAGUGAUGUCACGGAGGGCAGCAGAAUCAACUGGCCUCACGGACAUGGUCAAGACCAGGCAGCAGACCACCCUCUCCAGCUAUCUUCAUCCUCCCUGGCAGACCUCCUCUCACUCUUGGGCGGAGUGGGAGACCAUAGGGGGUCAAUGGUUGUCAACCCCAGCGAGGGGCUUCAGAACCAGGCUUCUGUGCUGGGAGGAGUGGCCAAGAACCCGAGCGUCAACUGGCCACGCCGCGACAGACAAAAGAGGAACUUUUCCCUGGGCUUAGCUGGCAUGUGUUGUAACCAGGGCUGCACUAAGAAUGACAUUGGGCGUCUGUGCUGAGUGAGACUGGGGCAGAACAGAGG